UUUCUUAUACUUCAUUGAAUAUCACUUACAGGUAGGUAAACACAACUUCUUCUGAUCAACCUUCAACUUGAGAAGCCUCUAUCACCAUGCCACCGAAACGCUUCCACGGCGAGGAUGUCGAUCCAGAACCUCUAGGUCGUCCUUUAGCAUUUAAAUUUAGCGGUAGGACGGCUACGAACCGGUUCUUGAAGGCUUCGAUGACCGAGCGUCUCUCGACGUGGGAUGCCAAAGAUCUUCCGAAACGUGGGGUACCUACCAAAGAGCUGAUCAAUGUGUAUAAGAGAUGGGGUGAGGGAGGGUUUGGUGUUAUUUUAACAGGUAACACGAUGUUUGAGUAUGAUCAUCUUGAGGCUGCGGGCAAUCCCAUUAUUCCCAGAGAUGCGCCGUUCUCCGGUGAAAGAUUCCAAGGCUUUGCAGACAUAGCAUCCCAAGCAAAGGCACACGGAAGCCUCGUCGUCUGCCAGUUGUCUCACCCAGGUCGUCAAGUCACUGCCGAUAUCCAGGAGCAUCCUAUCUCUGCCAGUGAUGUUCACCUUGAUCAAGUUAUCAUGGGUAUGAGAUUUACGAAGCCGAGAGCCAUGGAUAAGAAAGAUAUUCAGGACGUUAUCGACGGGUUUGCCCAUGCCGCAGAAUAUUGUUAUAAAGCCGGCUUUGACGGGAUUGAGUUGCAUGGGGCGCACGGAUAUCUGUUAGCGCAGUACUUGUCCCCGACCACUAACAAGCGAACAGACGAGUAUGGGGGCUCGCUCUUGAAUCGCUCGCGUCUGAUCUUCGAAGUCGCCGAUGAGAUUCGGAAGCGGGUUAACGACGAGAAGUUCAUCGUUGGCAUCAAGGUUAACAGCGUGGAGUUCCAGGAGAGCGGAUUUAGUACCGAUGAUUGCAAAAGCCUUUGCGCCGCCCUCGAAGAACGCAAUUUCGAUUUCGUUGAGUUAUCUGGUGGGACGUACCAAGACCUCGCAUUUGCUCACAGGCGGGAGUCUACCAAGAAGCGAGAGGCUUUUUUCCUGGAAUUUGCCGAGAAGAUUGUUCCGCUGUUAACUAAGACGAAAGUUUAUGUCACUGGCGGAUUUCGAUCCGCGGAUGCCAUGGUGAAUGCGCUCCAGACCGUGGACGGGAUCGGAUUGGCAAGGCCGGCAUCUAACGAAUUUGAUCUGCCGAAGAAGAUCUUAGAUGGGAGUGUUAAAAGUGCUGUUGAAUACUUCGACGAGCAAGAGUAUGCCCUCACAAAUUUGGCAUCAGGCACACAAAUGCGACUAGUGGGAAAUGAUAAUGAACCUCUAGACUUCACCCGAGACGAUCAUAGGGAACCAUUCCUUAAAUCCAUGGAGAAAUGGGUUCAGGAGAUGAGUAAGAAUGAAGAUAACUCCAAGUUCGGAUUUGUCGAUGUCGAAGGUGUGAAAUUACAACCAUAUGGAACUCCUUACGCGUCAAAUUGACGUGUGUAGGUAUACACCAUAAAGGACUAUUCUAGGUGCCUGCUAUUUACCUGGAUGUAUUGAUACGAGGUCUUUUAAUGCGAAGUCAGAAGUGCUGUUCAAAUUAGAUGACAUUGCUUACCAUAGCUGCAUAGGUAC